CUCAGCUUGGCAGCCAAGAACUCUAAGGACAGUUCGUUUCGGACCUUGGAUAGUACCGCUUGCGAAAAUCGAAUCGUCUUCUCGAAAGCAAUCGGUUGUAGGCAAUUGAGAGUUUGUGUUUCUGGUGUGUGCAUCAAUUCAAGUGGUACCGUUUAAUGGCGAUUUGAGAUAUGCAAAAUUUGUAGUGAAUAGUUUAGCCAAUGUGAACCAACCGUCUCCAUUCGAGCUAUUGGAAAUCUCAAAUCCACCUGCAGUGCGGCCGCUGGAUAUUUUACAAACAAACAACCAAUGUCCAUGGUAUUCACAACAGCAAGCUAUUAGACGACCAUUUGGAAAUAAUAAAGGUGUGAAACUCGUUAAUAUUCUGUAUUGAGCGAGAUACAGCGAAAAAGUGAUCGUACACGCGAUGCUGCCUCGAGAUAAACAAACAAAUUGUGCCGGCGCGAAUUAGCGAUCGGUCGCUGAGGAACACGAAAGACACCGAACACAAUACCUACCUACCGCUCGGUUCCGUCUGAGUGAUGAUCGGAUCGGCUGGACAAUAGAGCCGAUCGAACGGAUGUGCAGUGGGUAGUAUUCUGGAAAAAAAUCGUGUGGUUUUGGUUAUGGAUUAAAGGGGUCUGUUAUUCUAAAAAUAUGAUUAUCCCAAUUUCAACAAAUAAUGACGUAAAGUUGCUGUAAAAUGACACCCUUUGCAAGCGCAGCAGCUCCAGCUGAUCAUUAAGAUGGAAAUCCGUCUCGAUGAUAAAUGUGCUCCAAAGAAUAUAUCAUUGUCACAAUCGCAAAUGGACUUGAACCGUAACAAUAGUUUCGACGGCAUUUUAUUAGGAUCAUCACAGUCCGCAUCGCAUUUGGUGCUGCCAACUUUGACAACGAAAAUAUCUAAACUUUUGACAGAUUUUAGUUCAUCCCAGUCAGCUUCACCUCAGGCCCUCUCUGUAGCGCGCUCUACUAAUCCAGUGCUCGCUUCGGAUUUCAGAAGUAGUACCGGCGCCGUUUCUAACGUAAACAUAAGUACUUUGUUGUCGUUUAAUAGUUUUGUGACGUUCAAUUUUAGUACCAUUGAAGCGGAUUUAGCUGCGACGGCAGACGAUCAGAACCGUUCGGAUGGAAGAUUUGCUAUCGGAGUGCCCGUCGGUUGUGGGGAACGUAAUUUUGCGGAUUUUGCCAACGUAUUCGGAGGCGGCAUUAGUCUGGCCGCCGGUGGUGACGUUGUGGAACUCGACAAAGAAUUGGAAGUUUCGAAAACGAUGGACAACGGUACCGGUCAACAGCAACUACUGAUUACCAAUUGGCAGGAUUGUGUGAUUGUGGUAUUGUUUUGUUUGCUGAUUGUAGUGACAGUGAUAGGUAACACAUUGGUGAUUCUGUCGGUGAUUACGACCCGCCGGCUACGAACAGUGACAAAUUGUUUUGUGAUGAGUCUAGCCGUAGCCGACUGGUUAGUGGGAAUCUUUGUGAUGCCACCGGCAGUUGCGGUUCAUUUAUUGGGAUCGUGGCCGCUUGGAUGGAUACUGUGUGAUAUAUGGAUCUCAUUAGAUGUUCUACUGUGUACAGCGUCAAUCCUUAGCUUAUGUGCAAUUAGUAUAGAUAGAUAUUUGGCGGUAACGCAGCCUUUAAAUUACUCCCGCCGGAGACGAUCCAAACGACUGGCGCUGCUAAUGAUUCUGGUUGUGUGGGUUCUCGCGUUAGCUAUUACAUGUCCGCCCAUCCUCGGCUGGUACGAGCCGGGCAGACGAGAACUGGACCAAUGUCGAUACAAUCAGAACGAGGGAUACGUGGUGUUCUCGGCUAUGGGCUCGUUCUUCAUCCCGAUGGCGGUUAUGAUCUACGUAUACGUGCGAAUUUCCUGUGUCGUCGCAUCCCGCCACGACAAAAUGACGGAGAUUGAGGUUCACAAGAAAAGCCACCGAACGCGUGACACCGACGAAGAAUGCUAUCAUUUCGCUUCUGAGUUCGAUCCAGCGCAGAUGAGCCCCAAGCAUAAGCGGUCCUCUUCCCAGCUUUCAACUGCAACCACAACAUAUGUGACCCACUUAGGUGGUGGUUCGUGCAGCACUGCGGCCCUCGGUGGGGACGAUUGUGCGAAGCUAAGCAAAAAGAGCCACAAGAAUGGGCAUUACGAACUUGUCGACAUCAAGCCAGCGGUAAAAACCGCAACCUGUGUCGAGAGCCGAGGAAGUUGCGGCGAGACGGGACAUGAUGAUGGAGGUAUUGGCGAUUGCAGUGGAUUGCAGUGCAGUCAGCUACCGCAACAGCAGCAACCACAUCAGUUCUCGGGGAUAAAACGUAACUCGUCUAUACAUUACAAGCUAGCUUCAACAACGGAGCUCUGGUCAUCGGCCAAUAAUGUUUUCAAUCAACAGCCAAAACCACAAACGGCAAAUCAAUCGGGUGGUCUGAGGCGCACCAAUACUAUUAGUAACUCAAUUAUGGCAACAACCACCUCUGUGACUACCGGACGCAAUAUGCGCAUCCAUCAAAAGUCACUUUCGUCGCGAAUCCUAUCAAUGAAGCGCGAGAACAAAACAACUCAAACGCUUAGCAUCGUGGUCGGUGGAUUCAUCGCCUGUUGGUUGCCUUUCUUUAUCCUUUAUCUUCUAACACCGUUCCUACCGAAAGAAUUGGUCGCUCCGAAGCUAGGCGAAUUCUUCACCUGGCUCGGUUGGAUCAACAGCGCCAUUAAUCCAUUCAUUUAUGCUUUCUACAGUGUCGAUUUCCGGGCCGCUUUCUGGCGCCUCACUUUGCGUCGCUUCUUUCGAAACAGUGAAAAAGCUCCAUUUGCCAACAUUCAUAACAUGUCGAUGCGACGAUAAAAUGAAUCAAAAAUCCAUUUUGUGAGUGAACGAAAUCGUGUUUACUUCACGGUAUCAUUGAAGCUGAUAUCUCGGCUUCGAUAGACUAUAGCCGUAAUGUAAUAUACACCGGAUUGAUUAGUGCUGAUGAACCCUUCAUUUUCGGUACCCCAUAUCGUUUGUAUAGCUGUUUCAUUGAAGACAAACAAAGAGCGAAUAACAGCAUUGUUAUACUCUCAAUAUUGGCUUUAAUUUGCAUAUAAAUUACUCCAUAAUGUGACGGAGUCGUAUAUAUAUAGUCUUGUAUAAUCGAAUAAA